AUGGAUUCCCACAACAUCAGUCUCGUGGAAGAAGAGCCGUACGACGAAUGCGCGUACUCGCCACCGAUCUUUCUCCAAUGGAAGAUGGUGUUCGUCGGAGUGAUCGGCCUGAUCGUCGCUCUCAUCAGCAUUUUCCACAAUUCGCUUCUCUUCUACACAUUCAGCACGUCGACGGUUCUUCGCAAACGGAAUCUGACCUAUCUGAUGUGGAUCUCCGGAUGCGACGUCUUCAUCUCCCUCUGUUACAUUGCAAUUAUGUGUGUUCAGGUGUGUUGUCUUCGCUUGCAGUUCAACUUUCCUUUCAGGUCUACACCGACUACUUCGAGUCUUUCCCCCUGCUCGUUCUCUGGCAUCAGUAUCUCCGUGCCGCAUUCACAGUCUCUCAUAUCACCCUCUCCGCUGCCUCUUUUCUCCUCAUGGCGGCCACAAUCGAAAGAUAUCUGCAAAGCACUGCCGAUAACAGAACUCUCAAGCUGUUCCAAAUCCUGGCAACUCAUCGCGCUUAUGUUGUUUUCUGUUGUUUCUUAGGAAGUCUUAUCUUUCGUGGAACGGUGUUUUUCGAGAUCAAGGUAUCUUCGAAGAUCUUCAAGGUUCUGGAAGAGUUGAAGUGUUCAGGUUGUCCACCAGCCUAACUGCACCGGAUUCUCUUCGAUGGGUCUCGCAGUAGUUCCGAUGUUCGGCGAGAGCAUGGACGUCGUCUGGAGAUUCUUUAUUAGGAAGAUUGUUACAGUAUUCUUGCCGUUUGCUGGUAAACCGUUUUCUAUUUUCCAAAUUGAUCCGUUCUUUUUUUCCAGUACUCGCUUAUUUCAAUGCGGCCAUCGUAAUGAAUGUCCGAAGAACUGAUCGGGACCAGACCGUCAAAGCACUCGUGCUCUUCAUCACCGUCGGAACAAGGUAUGCACUGCUGUUGUCUUUGGGCUUUGAACUUCCCGAACUACCCGUUUUCGAGUUCAAUUCCUUCCCUCUAGUCAUCCUUUCCCAUUUUCAGCCCUCUCGGAAACGUACGAAGGUAAUUUUGAGUCAUUUCCCGUCCCAGCCUCUCGCUCUUCCCACCCUUUCUCUCAGUUUUUCUUCCUUCCGUCGCCUUCCCCCUUUCUCCAUUUUUUGGUUAAUUAUCUAUGAAUAUAGCAUGAAAAUGAGGAGCAUGAUAGAUCGGAGACUUGAGGAAUGACGAGAAUGCAAAGUGUUUAGGAUGGAUGCGAAGGAGAGUUUCCAGAAAAUGUUCAAGUAAAUCCGUGUGUAUCAAUCACUUCACAAAAAGACGCACAAAUGAAUAUGUAGAUUAUGAUUCUGAUUACAAAAAAGAAACACACAAGGAACCCUCACUUUUCUUUUCAGUCUAGAGCAAGGUUUCAAAUGAAACGUUCACUUCACUGUCUGUGCUAGUUAUUCACCUGUCCGAAUCGGGAAAUAAAUGAAAACAUUUACAGAGGCGAAGUGACAAGACUGAGAUCCCGGUUGAGGGCGGUCACCCGGAUGCUCGUUAUGGUCGUCACUGGUUACCUUCUCGCGAACAUCCUCGACAUCAUCAUUGCCUUUUGGGAGGUCAGUGGACAAUUCUGAAGUCUAAACGGAGAUCUAGUAGACUGAAAUGUUCUUUUCAGACGAUUAGCAUGCAAAGUCUGCAAGAACUGCCUUCCCUGUACACCGUUCUCUCCGAUAUUUCCUCCUUCCUUCCUAUUGCCGCAUGUGCUCUCCGUCUCCCCAUUUACACAAUAAACGACAGACAAAUCAGAGUGGAGGUAUUAAUUCUCAUUGUUGUUCGCACUUAUUUACUUAUGUUUGCAGGUCCGUCGAAAGUUCUGCGACCUGAUCACCCGUUGCUGCACUUGCUGUCCGUGCGUGCUUUGUGAUGGGCAUCAGCGCAAGAAACUGUACGAUCCUCAGUUGGAAGCUGAGCGACUGUGGCCCAAGAAUCAGUCGGCUCCAAAACUGGAAGUGAGUGUUCUCAAGUUAGCUUUACAGUAAAAGUUAGUGUGAAGAAUAGAAUAGUUCAUUCAUUUUUUCAAAUCAGAUUGAACAAGAAAUGACGCAAUUGUGGACGAAGUCUGCGGAAAGACUUGGCUGAGAGAGGUUCGAAUAGAGUGCAGUUCCCUUCACUAGAAGCACCUUCGAGGGUGCUCGUUUUGCUAACAUUCUCACAUUAUUCAUUAGUUUCAGUUCAGUUCAAUUUCAAUCAGAAAAGAGUGCUUUAGAGGCAGAAGUAUAUUUAGAUUCUCUCGCUAACAUUAGUCAGAGUUCUGUUUGCUAAACUGUUUUCCCUUCUUUUUCUUCUUUCGAAAGCCUCUUCCAGAUUCGCAACUACGGUCUGCAGUCACUGAUAAUGGCGAGAGCCUCCCUUUCGACGAAGGAAAUUUACGACAUUCAGCAGUUCCGGGAGAGUUACAACGUCUGA